UCCUUUGAUGCUAAGUUAUUCUAAAAUUCUCUUACAAGACUUGUUUGUGAACACAAGUUUCUAUGGAAAGCAAUUUGGUCUUUCUCAAAUUAAAGUAGCUUCCUUUCUUUUUGAAACCUUCUUAACUUCUGAAUUUCCUCUUCAUCGUAGAUCAUUUGAAAUUGAGGGGUCAAAAAGUAGAGAGAAAUAUGGCUGAAUUUCUAUGGACUUUUGCUGUUCAGGAAGUCUUGAAGAAGAUUGUGAAAUUUGGAGCAGAGCAAAUUGGUUUGGCAUGGGGCUUGGAGAAGGAAGUGUCCCAGUUGAGAAACUGGUUACUCAAAGCUGAAACAAUUUUAGCAGACAUUAACAAAAAAAAAUUACACAUUGCUUCUGUGAGGCUAUGGGUGGAAGAUCUCCAAGAUAUUGUUUAUGAAGCUGAUGAUCUAUUGGAUGAGCUUGUUUAUGAACAUCUACGACGAGCUGUGGAACAAACCGGAAAAUUGAGGGAGGUAUGUGAUUCCAUCUCACUAUCCAAAAAUCCCUUCUUGUUUCGUCGCAAGAAGGCCAAGCAAAUGAAGAAUAUUACUCAAGCUUUAUACAAACAUUACUGUGAAGCAAGUCCUUUAGGCCUAGUUAGUGACGAAUCCGCCACGGAAACAGAAGUCACUCUUGCGCAGAUUCGAGAGACAACCUCGAUUCUUGAUUUUAAAGUUAGAGGAAGGGAAGCUGAAUUUCAAGAGAUAUUGAAAUUGGUGAUUGAGUCUAGCAAUGAACAUGAGAUGUCGGUGAUAUCCAUUGUUGGAAUGGGUGGUCUUGGGAAAACAACUUUGGCCAAGAUGGUCUUCAAUCAUGAUGCCAUUAAAGGUCAUUUUGAUAAAACUAUAUGGGUUUGUGUGUCUAAACCAUUUAUUGUCAUGAAAAUUUUGGAAGCAAUCUUUCAAGGCUCGACCAAUACUUGUAGUGGCUUGAACUCCAAAGAGGCCUUACUUAAGAGGCUCCGAGAGGCGAUGCAAGGCAAAAGAUAUUUUCUUGUGCUUGACGAUGUUUGGGAUAAAGAUAAUGGCUUGUGGGAUGAGUUGAGUGGCUGUUUGAAGCAGAUUAAUGGAAAAUCUGGAAAUUGUGUUAUGGUGACCACAAGGAGUGUAGAAGUCGCAACUAUGGUGAAUACUGUUUCCGUUCAUCAUCUAAAAGAAUUAUCUGAUGAUCAAUGUUGGGUAUUGUUCAAAGAAAGUGCAAAUGUAAAUCAACUGUCAAUGAAUUCAAAGAUAGAGAUUGUGAAAGAUUUGUUGGUUAGAAAAAUGGGUGGUGUACCACUUGUUGCCAAGGUUUUAGGAGGGGCAGUAAAAUUUGAAGAGGUUGACUUUGAAAAAGGAGAUUAUGAGAGUUGGAUCACAAAAGUUGAAAGCAUUGCAAAAAAUAUUUUAAAGGAAGACAGAGAUUUUGUUUUGUCCAUACUAAAAUUAAGUGUGGAUUCUCUACCACUUCUUGUAUUGAAGCAAUGUUUUGCCUAUUGUUCAAACUUUCCUCAAGAUUAUGACUUUAAGAAAGAUGAACUAAUCCAAAUGUGGAUAGCACAAGGUUUUAUUCAAUCCCAACAAGAGAGAGAGAAUUUGGUAAUGGAGGAUAUAGGAGAAGAGUACUUCAACUUCUUAUUGUCCCGCUCCUUAUUCCAAGAUGUUAUAAGGGAUGAGAAUAAGAGAAUUAUUACUUUUAAGAUGCAUGAUCUAAUGCAUGAUAUUGCUUGUGCAAUUUCGAAUAAUCAAAAUAUGGUAUCAAAUCCUAAUAAUUUGAGUGGGAGAAGUGCAGGAAAGUUGCGCACAUUGGUUUACAGGGAUGAAGAGAAUCAAUACAAGGUUUGUGACAACUUUUUUCGUUUGCGUGUUUUAAAACAAGAUAAGAUUUGGGCUAAUAAUUUGCCAUAUUUACUGGAUAAGUUGAUACAUUUGAGAUAUCUUGACCUUUCAAAAUGUUACAUAAUCAAGAAUCUUCGAGAAUCUCUUUGUCUACUAUAUAAUUUGCAAACGUUAAAGCUUGGAUAUAUAGAAAGUGAAUUGCCAGAGAAUUUGAGAAAAUUGGUUAAUUUGAGACAUUUAGAAUUUUACGUAGUUCCCGGUAUGAAACAAAUGCCUUCACAUAUGGGCAACUUAAUUCAUCUCCAAACAUUAUCUCGAUUUGCAGUUGGUUUUGAGAAGGGAUGUAAAAUUGAAGAGCUUGGGACGUUAAAAAACCUCAAAGAUGAACUAAUUCUUACAAAUCUUGAGAAGUUGAAAAGUAAAGAGGAAGCUAUGGCUGCAAAAUUGGUGGAGAAAAAAAAAUUGCGUCGAUUAUUGUUUCGAUGGACUUUAUUUUAUGGAGUAGAAUAUGACAAACACAAUUUCGUACAAGUGUUGGAAGGACUUCAACCACACAAAAAUCUUCAAUCAUUGAAUAUUAGUGGCUUUGGAGGGGAAGUCUUACCUAAUGACAUUUUUGUUGAAAAUUUAGUUGAGAUACGUUUGUUUGAUUGUUCUAAAUGUGAAGUGCUUCCAAUGCUUGGACAAUUGGCCAACUUAAAGAAACUUGAGAUUACUUGGAUGAACAAUGUUAGAAGUAUAGGGAAUGAGUUCUAUGGUAUUGACCCCAACCUACAGAGAAAUUCUUUUGCCUUUCCACAGUUGGAGGAACUCUAUAUUGAUGGGAUGAAGAAGCUAGAGCAAUGGGAUGAAUUUACCACUUCAAAUCUCUUUGGAUCUCUUAAAAAACUUAGUGUCCUUGGAUGUGAUAAAUUGACAAAAUUGCCAAGUGGGUUCGAAGGUUGCCAUUCAAUUGAGUAUGUGAUAGAACGUUGUCCUAAUUUGAUGCUAAAUGUGCAAAAUUGACCCAACUUAUAUCAUUUUUUGACAUUGAUUUAUUCAGACGAUCAUUGGCUGAUUUAUUAAGUGACCUUAGUAACUUGAAAGAAUUGAUGAUUAAUGGAUGCAUGUAGAUUUAUGAGUUUAUUCUCUUCAUAUAAUUAUCACCUCAGCUUAUUGAACUUAAGUCGAUCGAUGAUGGCUCAAGCUAAGUGAUAAUGCGACAACCCAACUUUUCGAACAACUUCAACACUUCACUAACUUGAAAGUUUUGAAUAUCAAAAUUUUGAUGUCAUUGAAGCUUUGCCAGAAUGGUUGAAAAUUCUUACGGGAAUUACUAUCUAGAGAGGCUAUACUACGCCUAACCAAUUAAUUAGAGGAUUUUGGUGGUUAAUGGAAGUCCAACGCUACUAGUUGGGGAAGGCAAGCAAGAGGGGGCUAAACUUUCCCACCCUCCAACCAAGUGUGUUGUUCGUAAAAUAUGUGGUAGCUCUUCUUGUUAUUAUCCUUAUUUGUUUUUCUUAUUUACAAUAGUCUCUUUCAUCCAAGUCUUGUUACCUCAUACCGUUCUCCUUCAAGUUUAUGGUUGAAUUAUUUAAUUUUUAUAUGAUGUUUUGUAUAGUUGAAUCAGAAUAAUGUUGUUAAUUUUCAAUUGUAUAUCUUUGACUUU